CAUGAUAAACUUUAGAUGAAAAAUAGUCAAUACUUGAUACAAUCAUUACAAUCAUCUUCACUGUUGUUUAAGAACAAGAUUCUGACAUUCUGUGGGAGUUCCCUAAAGUUGAAAAUAUAAGCCAUGGAGGCACAGAAAUGAAUUCACGCAGCAGGAGCAGGAACAAGAGCGAUAUCAAGGAAGAAGGUAGAGAGACGGGUGCGACUGGAGUUGUGAACCCAACAACAUGUCUCCAUUUGGGUGACGUUAUAUUGUUCACUGUCAAUGCACGUCACUAUCCUCAGUAUGAUAUUGACAACCUGUACAACACAAACAGUGAUUUUGACUGGGGUGCGUUCCGACAACUAAAAGAGGAGCUGACUCUGUCUUGGACACCUCCCAGCUUCUUUUCAGUGGUGUUUAACCAGCCUGGAGUGUAUGUUCUUACACUGAGCAGCCAUCAGCACAAACACUUGUAUGUUAGAGUGAUGCCUGCAGGCGGCCAGUGUUAUGAGCCCGGGCCCUUCUUCCCAACUAUUCCUCGUCAUGUGACCAGGGUGGGAAUCAGUCGGAGGCGCAACCUGUUACUGCGGCCAGACUGGCUGGUGACGGGUGGACUGCUAUUUGGAGCUGUGGUCAUCCUCUGUGUAUGUGUUACACUGCUGAUCCUGUUUCGUGAAUAUGGUUGGCCAGAGAAAAAGCCAAUCAGAGUGCAGUAUCGCUUGUUGCAGUUGACCUACCACAUGGAUGACUACUCAUCAAAAGGGUCAAGGGUGAUCUCACUUAGGAAGAUUCACCGAAGCCAACAAGCAAGAAUGACACAAGACUCCAUUCAACCAGUCUGUGGAGACCCCUCAGAGGAGUUCUGGGAUUAUGAGCAUCAGGUGGAUCUGGAGGCAUUCAGCAGCAACACUUUCUACAGCCUCCUGCUCAAACAGAGUCUGUCUGUAACCACACGGCUGGGACAGCUCAGCACUGAGGUAAAGGAGCUGUACCAGGGAGUGCUUGGGAAAUUGCAGCUUCUCCACCCACGCUUGAUCACUGAGGAGAGAAUGGGGGAGGGUUAUGAGAGGAUAAGGAGGGACGUGGAGAGGGAGGUGGUGCGACGAAAGUCUCUGGCCUCACAGCUGAGGACUCUACUUGACAGUCAGCUCCAGGUUUUGAGGCGAGAGCAGCAAACACAGCAGAGGGUUAACAGUGCGUUCAAAGCUCAGCUCCAAGAGUGCCUCAGACUACUGGGCAAGGUUUACAGCAACAACCAUCAAAAUUUGAUACAGAGGCUAACAUCCCUGGUUGAUGAGAUGGGAGAGCUAGUAUCAGCAGAAUGCCAGCGUCAGGGGGCCUGGGGGUUGUUGGGUGAAGGCACAGGGGCCAAGCUGCUCUGUCCUGACACAGGAACUGUGCUGACCAAUGACUGCAUCUUUGGUCCUGAUGGGGACUUACGUGUCUGUCGGACAGUUCAUUGUGAUUCAGUCACAGGCCUCGUGAGGACAAACGCUCACAGCCAUAUGUUGCUGAGCAGUGGCCACACCAUGGCAGUGCCACCAGAUUUCUUCCUCCACCCACAAACUGGACGGGUUAUGUCCAUCGCUGGCAACGUAGCCUAUGAUCCUGCCAGCUCUACUUUAGUGUUUAUAACUGACUCAUGUACAGGAGACAACAGGAAGUGGGACAGUGCGCUCCUUCCUUUCAUACCAUACCCAACCUCCUGUCACAACGACCAGCCUCUGCCCAGCACUCGACUCAGAGGCCUCAGACCGGGCCAGAGACUGCACUUGGGUGCACCCAUGGCAGACCCAGACACGGGGGUCCCAGUACCUAUUCUGGCUGUAACCAUCCACCCCCAGACUGGACUACUCUACCCACUGGGAGGGGUGCAUGUCUGCCCCCUCACCCGCUUGCUGCAGCCUAUACAGAUUGGCUAUCCAAUGCUGGACCCCAGGACAGGGAACAUUGUUCUCACUGUUGGGGUCAGUCUAGAUCCAGUAACAGGAGCUGUACUGCCAGUAGGUGGAGUCCUGCUGGCAGAAUCCUUCAUUGAACCUCUGAGUGGGCGGAUGGUGAAGGUGGGAGGGGCGAGCACACAAGCAGGACAACUUGUGCCUACUGCAGGAGGAUACCAGGCUCUUCUAGACAGCAAGGUUCUGGCUGUGAUGUUCAAAAUAGUGGAGCUCCUGAAGCCACUAACUGAAGAGUGGGGGUCAGAUCCAGCCUUGCAGCACCUGCAGCCCCAUUUGGGAAAUGAGCAAGGGAGUAGUCGGCAAGAUGAUCUUUCUGCUGCAGCCAAGGAGCUCCAGCAGGUAUGGGGAAGGAGUCUGCACUGCCAGCUGCAGCUGCAGACCAGGUUGGAGAUCCUACUGGACUGGGCCGUGGGUCUCCAACAGGAUGGAGGUACUCUGGGAGAAAUGCCUGUCUCAGGUUCAGAUAUUUGUGUGCCGGCUCUGCUGGGGAUGGAGUACCCUGACCCCAUGGGAUCUGGACUUUGUGUCCCUGUUUUGGGGUGCCACACUGACCUCAUGUCUGGGAUUUCAAUACCACUGGCAGGGACUAUGGUGGACCCAGAUGGGAAAGGCCUAGUGCCGAUCCGUUAUGGAUUUCGGACUGUCGACCCAGUAACAGGGGUGUUGGCCCCAGUGGUCGGAGCCAGGCUGGAUGUGUCCAGAAAAAUUGUUGUACCUGUUACAGCGUCCUACUGGUUAACAGUGGCAGAUCAAACAGAUAGUGUGCAGGUAGAGGCGCUGCUGAGAGAGGUGUGUGUGCGAAACACUUACUGGCAGCAGCAGAGGCAGCGGGAGGAAGAUAUUCUUUCUGAUCUGGACUCUGCUCUGUUCAAGUGCCUCUUUAGAGUAACAGAAGAUAACUCUUAUGAGCAGGUCCAGUGGUCAGGGAGGCACCUAAGGGAUGCAGCCAUGGAGCUGCAGGAUUCAGUGCAGGCUGAGGCCCAGAGGAGAGCAGCUCAGCGCUCCCACUUGGCUCUGGUCCUGCCUCCACAUGUACUAAACAUCCUCACACUGGGUGACGAUGAAGAGUGGGAUCAGCAGUGUGUUUGGCACUCAGAGCUGGUGUCAGGCCUUGAUAAGGUGGAUGUGUGUGUGGAGCAACUGCAACAGGACCAGGACAAAUGGACAACACAAAGAGGCGACUGGGCGGUAACCCUCCAUGUAAUGGAAAGAGAACUGAGACAGAGUGAGUUGUGGGAGCAGUGUUAUUCUAGACAGACAGAGUUGGAGGCUGCUCUUAUUGCGCUACAUUUUGCCAGACAACUUUCUCAGCUCCGUGCUGACACUGCUCAGGCUGUACUGUGUGGGAACUUUUGGUACAAGGAAUAUGGUCUGGUCCAGUGCAGUGAACACAAACCAAAUGUGAAUGUCAUAGGUUUGCUCCAAAAGAAGGCUUUACCUCUGCUGGAGAGACUGAACCAGCUCCUAGAAGAUAAACAGCCUGUCAGCUUCUCACGUAACACCUGCCAUCAGCACAUUUCUGGUUUGUCAACAAAGCAGGCGUAUGGUAUGGAGAUGGCCUCCAGAGUUUGGACAGCAUCUGUGCCUGUGGUGAAAGGAAUCUCAACCCAGUCUUUGAGGGAGCCUGUCAAAUCUCAGCCCCAGGACACUGGUCUGCAGGCCAGUUCAGCACCAACACACAACUCAACAAGACACACUGCAUCUUCUGGAAUUCACUCCCAGGAGAGCCAACCUCUAAAAGAGUCUGCUCAGCCUGUACACAUCCCUGUCCCCUCAAUCUCAGAAGAGGACUGGACCAGGCUGCUGGAGCUCUCUCCUUUGUUCCAGCUGUUGAAAGGCGUGGAGCUACAGCUGAAGUGUUGGGCUUGUGGGGCAGGGCUUGUUGGAGGAGGGCUCAGUGACAAAGGCAAGAAUAGUUUUGUAGACAUCCUCGAUGCUCAAUGGGAAUGUGAGGGAGAGUUGAUCCCUUCUGACCCCUCAACCCUCAACCCCAGAGAGUUCCUGGUCUUCCAACAUGGACUAUUCCUGAUGCAAACACUGCACAGUCUAAAACUGACUCCAGCCAUUUCACUUCAGAUAGCAUCUAGUCUUCCAAACAACAACUACUUCAAUAACGCCUUCAGAAAUUCCUUCUUUUAUCAGGAGGCAGAGGAGACACUUUUUGUCCGGCACCAGAGGCUCCACUCGGUUGGGGGCUUCUCUCUGCUCCUCCUCCACUGUCUGUCCCAUAUCAAAAUUAAAGACAUGAACUCUGACUCCAGUCCUGCCUUCCAGAGGCUUUUCUUCAAGGUACUGCAGGCAUGCCUGGGGGAGCUGUUUCAGGCCAGACUGGGUGUGUCCCCCUCUAGACAGGAAGCCAAUUUAUGUGUGUGGCUCCAAGACCAAGAGGUCCCUUCGGGGAAUCUGUCAAUCUCUCAUGCUGCCUCCUUGCUUCACGUGCUACACAAAACAAGCAGAGGAUUGUUUUCACAAGAUGACAUUGAGGAGCUUCAGAGGAAGCACAGAGAAUCAUAUCUGUUCUCCCAUCUUGAAGGAAUUUUGAAAGGAAAGAGUUCUGCGGCAGAGAAAAACGAAAACCAGAUUUGAGACCUUGCGUGUGGAGGAGGGGAAGUCCAUAACAAAGGCGGUGUUCAGAUUCCAACAGGUCUGCCAGCAAAAGCAGGCUCUUUUGAAGAUGUUAGUUCAGUGUUUUGAAGUGGCUUGGAUUGCAACAAUAAUGAU